AUGGGACUCCUGAAUAGUCUCGGGAUCCUUCACGCAUGGACCAGUACCCAUCAGCUGAAAGACUACUCGGAAUCAAGCAUUGGCUGGAUUUACGGUGCUUAUGGCUUCUUCCUUUAUCUUGCCGGUGCUCAAGCGGGCCCAAUUCUUGAUGCGUAUGGUCCGAAAUGGGUAACUGUACCCGGCUCCAUAGGGAUGGUGGUAUCUCUCGUGUGCUUCAGCUUUAGUGAACAAUACUACCAAAUAUCCCUUUCCUUCAGUGUGCUGGGAGGACUUUCGGCAUGUACGCUGUUCACUCCGGCAGUCUCGACAGUUGGGCACUGUUUUGAUGUACGGCGAGGCUAUGCCACUGGCGUUGCUUGUACGGCCGGUGGUAUCGGGGGCGUGGUUUUCCCACUCAUUAUUCUCUUCGCGGCACCCAAGAUCGGAUUCCAUGGGCAAUUCGGAUCGUCGCACUCCUAUCCGCCGUCAUCCGGGGUAUCGGUGGACUUCCGUGCCUUGCGAGAUAUCAAUUAUGCCAUGACCACCAUCGCAGUUUUUCUGGUGGAAUUCGCCGUCUUCAUACCCAUUACCUACAUCGCCUCCUACUCCAUCUACGUCGGGAUCGGGGAUUAA